AUGUCAAAAAGAGUCUUAUUGCCUUCUAUCCCGUCACUGGAAUCAACAGUUAGCAGAAGCAAUCAGAGUUCAAGUGAAGAGUCUUCUAAUGGGAAAAGUUCUCCUUCAAUAAAUGAAUUAAGAAACAGACUGACCAGUGUGGCUCCAAAACAGAUGGCACCAAAUCCUGAAGCUCUGAAAUUUGAACAUAAUACAAAAUCUCAAGAAAGAACUAGGAAGCGGCAGCAGCCUAUAAAGCUAGAACCUUUACCUGCCUUAAAAACAUAUCAGCACCAAAAACAACCUGAAUAUAUAUACCAGAAGAACAGAGAAAAAUUGUUAGCAGCUGGAGUAUUAAAGCCUACAACUUCAGCAGAGAAAAGAAAAUGGCCUGGUACAGUGGAAGCAAUUUCAUCUGAACUCCAAGAAGAACUGAAAGAAAGACAGGUAUUGUCUAUGCUGAGUGCUAUGGUACGAAUUCCAACUCCUCCUAAGCAACCACGUAGUAUAUUAAAGACAAGUGCUUGCAAACCAGGUCCGACUCCACCUUUACGUACAUUUAGUGGACCGGAAGAAGUAAUUAAAGCUAAUGUUACAGAGCCUCUACAGAUUAUAAGAAUAAUAUGUGAAAACAAUAACCUUGGAUUUCUGUACAUGACUCCCGCAGUGCCUAAAUCAUCCAUUGAGUAUGACACAUAUAACCUGAAAAUUGUAAGCUAUGACUGCAUUAACAAAAAUGACUACUACACUAUUAGUCCACAAGCAGUUAUUCAUACAUAUAAUGGAGAAGUUGAAUACCUGGAACUUGAACGCUGGGAGCAAGAAUAUGUCUAUCAUAGGGCACUUGUCAAAAUCACUAUCUUUGCUAUAUUUCGCAAAUGGAAGUCAUUUAAUGUAUGGAGAAAGAACGUCCGCUGCAAAAAGAUCAAUUCAUGCCGCCGAGCUUUACAGAAGAACUUAUUCAUUGUUAAUGCUUGUUUGAGACCAGCAAUUCUAAACAUCCAAGAAAUGUGUUAUCGAAUUGGUGACAUGGUACUUUGUCAAAUUGAAAAGGGAUAUAUAUAUACAUUAAUAGAGUUUAAAGGUACUCAGUUCAGUCAGCUAAAAGAUGUGGCAUCUCGUUUGUCAGAAUUCAGAGAAUUAGCUAAAGAAGUGGUUAGAGGUGCAUGUCGAACUGCACUACUUGAAACUGGUUUCACUCCUGAUGAUUAUUUUUAUAGUAUUGAGAAUACAGGUACAAAACUACCAAAUUAA